CGUUUUUCUCCACCAGUCCUGAGCUGAGCAACAAGCAACGUUUCGAAUACUUUUCGCGCACAAUACCAUCCGAUCAUCACCAGGCGAAAGCCAUGGUCGACAUCGUCAUGCUAAUGGGCUGGAGUUACAUUUCAAUUAUCUACGAGGAAUCAAACUACGGCAUUAAGGCUUUCGAAGUCCUCGAGGAUUUGAUGGUAAAAAAUAAGAUUUGCAUCGCCGUGAAGGAAAAGCUGGUUAAAGAUUCAGGCGUCGGAAAUAUAUCUGUCUACGAUAAUAUCGUGCAAAAACUUCAAACGAAACCCCGAGCCAAAGGCUGUAUAAUUUUUGGGUCCGACCAAGAAGUGGCUGAACUGAUGAAAGCAGUCCGUCGCUGUAAUGCGACUGGAUGGUUUUCCUGGAUCGGGUCCGAUGGAUGGAGUGCCAGAUCUUUGGUGUCGGAUGGCAAUGAAGCUGAAGUCGAAGGAACAUUGUCUGUCCAGCCGCAGGCUAAUCCAGUGCGCGGAUUCAAAGAGUAUUUUCUGUCGCUAAACGUAGAAAACAAUCGCCGCAAUCCAUGGUUUGUGGAGUUCUGGGAGCAUCACUUUUCAUGCAAAUACCCGAACAGCUCCAAAACUCCCUACAAUAUUCGCUACACGAAGAGUUGUACAGGGCGUGAAAAACUAACCGAAGACAAUACGGUGUUUGAAGAUCAGCUCCAAUUCGUCUCGGAUGCAGUAAUGGCUUUUGCGUAUGCCAUCAGAGAUCUUCAUGCCGAUUUUUGCAAAAAGCCUGGUUUAUGUGAUGCAAUGAAACCAACUAAUGGCACCGAUUUGCUGAAGUAUUUGCACAAAGUCAACUUCACUGGACUAAGUGGGGAUAGUUUUCAUUUCGACGAAAAUGGAGAUGGUCCAGCGCGCUACAACAUCAUACAUUUCAAACAGGUUUCGCCCGGAAAAUACCAAUGGGUUCGAGUGGGGGAGUAUAUGGAAGGAUCCCUAGUUCUGAAUAUGUCAGGUUUAGUGCUGGUUUCUGUUUCACCGUGGUCUACGCAGCCCUGCUGACUAAAACCAAUCGAAUCGCUCGCAUUUUCAAAGCUGGAAAAAAAACUGCCGGAACGCUUAAUUACAUAUCCCCCAGGUCGCAGCUUAUUAUUUGCGCGGGCCUCGUAGCCAUACAGGUCAUCAUCAAUGUCAUAUGGAUGAUAAUAUCUCCGUCUCGAGCCAUCCAUCACUAUCCAACGCGAGAAGAUAAUCUUCUGGUCUGUUCAUCCUACAUAGACGCUUCUUACAUGAUUGCGUUUACAUAUCCAAUAGUCCUGAUAGUCAUUUGUACUGUCUAUGCUGUUCUCACCAGGAAGAUUCCGGAAGCCUUCAAUGAGUCCAAGCACAUUGGUUUCACCAUGUACACCACUUGCAUAAUCUGGCUCGCAUUCGUUCCACUUUACUUUGGAACCGCAAACCAUGUGGCCUUAAGAGUUACUAGCAUGUCAGUUACCAUUAGCCUAUCAGCUACUGUUACAAUAGCUUGUCUGUUUACUCCAAAGCUCUACAUUAUUCUCAUACAUCCUGAACGCAACAUCAGACAAAGCAUGAUGCCCAUGCGAUACAGUGCGAUCAACCAAAGCUCCGCAACAGCUGGAUCCGGAAGCAUGAUGGCAGCUGUGGUUGUAACUGCAGCUACAUGCGACCAAAACCAAAAAAUCCAAAAGGCCGUUAGUCCAGUAGAUCAAUCCAAUUCUCUAGAUAUAGUCAACGAAAAAAACAAGUGCAAAGACGCCAGCACCCAAACCAGUCCAGCUUCUAGUAUGAACAAUCUGAAUGGGUGUUCUUUAGAUAAUCUGGGGAAAAUCAACAAUAACUGCAACAUCAACGGCCCAAUCCCGGCCCAGAUAAAGGAUCUGACUUUAUAGCAAGAGCCAGCCAGCAGGUCUUCCAGUUUAAGGUCCAGAAGAAAUCCGAUACAGGUUUAGGAGCAUAAGACUUUACAAUUCUAAGAUGUUUUAUACGUAAGUAAGAGUUUACCAUGUUAUGUAGGAGAUUUCAGCCGGUUUAUUUAUUCAUUCAAAGCAAAACGUUUUCACAUUUGCGACAAAGCAUACUAUUUUUGCCUAAUGUAAGAUAAGAGUUAACGUUUCAUUCAGUUUUGUACAGUGUAUGAUGUAAUUUAAGCUGUUUUCAUCAUGCAAUUAACUGGAAAUGUGUAUUUUUUCUGCAACAAAUAUGCAGACAAAGUUCAAACGUGAUUACCUUUAAUAUUUAAAGCUAGUGAUUGGUUAUAUUAACUUUGGCCUGAUUUUCAAGCUGAAACUACCCCUUUUGGUUUUGCCAUUUGGCCAAACACCCCAAAACAUCCAUGCACAUGGUAUUUACAAACUAAUGGCAAACUAUUUGCAUGUUUUGCAGCUGUUCCAGUCUCUCGUUGAAACAGAUACGUAAAAAUAAAACAGCAAAAGGU